GGGGGGACGACUGAAGACAGGUCUCCCCACACAGCUCCGGUAGCCACAUUUGCAGCCUCGCCUGUCUGUCCAGAACCUGCUCCCGGGCUGACAGACGUGGGUAGGUGAGCUACAAGAUGGGCUCUGAGCUGGAGACGGCAAUGGAGACUCUCAUCAAUGUGUUCCACGCCCACUCGGGCAAGGAGGGGGACAAGUACAAGCUGAGCAAGAAGGAGCUGAAAGAGCUGCUGCAGACGGAGCUCUCCGGCUUCCUGGACGCCCAGAAGGAUGCGGAUGCUGUGGACAAGGUGAUGAAGGAGUUAGAUGAGAAUGGAGAUGGAGAGGUGGACUUCCAGGAGUAUGUGGUGCUGGUGGCUGCCCUCACAGUGGCCUGUAACAACUUCUUCUGGGAGAACAGUUGAGCAGACAGCCCCAGUGGGCAGCGCCCUUCGCCUCCACCCUGCCAUACCUGCCCCUUCACCCUGCUUCCCCCUCACCCCACUUUUCCCUCCCCACCAACAAGGGCGCAAGAGUAGUGGGCCAGGCCUGCAACUCAUCUUUCAUUAAAGGCUCCUCUCUCACAAGCCGCCA